AUGUCGAUAUGGUAUGAGAAGGUAUUCUGCAGAUCUGCUUCAGCCCAUUUGUGCGUCACAGACGCCAUGAAAUCAGUUCUCAGGAAAGAUUUCAAUCUCCAAGCUCCUGUCCUGCCACUGCACGACCGCCCUGCCAGUCACUUCAGCCCUAUCCUUGAUUCCAAUGCCCGGAUAAAUUUCCUCGCAACUCUACCGGAAACCAAAGAAUUCCUCUUCUCUUUGAAAGCAGGAUCUCUCCGGGUUCUGGUCAGUUCAACCUCAUGGACUGCAGAUGAGGAUUUCUCGGUCCUUAUCGAUGCCCUUCUUCAGUACUCUGAACUGGCAAACACAACGAAGCCUCAUCUACCCGAGGUUUUAGCCAUCAUAACAGGGAAGGGUCCACAAAAGGAAAUGUACUUGGAACAGAUUGCUACGCUGGAAAAGUCGGGAAAGCUACAGAAGGUCACAAUUCGAACUGCGUGGCUGAGUGUUCCAGACUAUGCUCAGCUGUUGGCAUCUGCAUCUCUAGGGGUCAGUCUGCAUACCAGUAGCAGUGGGGUAGAUCUUCCCAUGAAGGUUGUAGAUAUGUUUGGAGCUGGUCUUCCUGUUGUGGGAUGGGAUCGUUUUGAAGCAUGGCCCGAGUUGGUCACCGAGGGUAUCAAUGGGCUGGGCUUUGGAAGCUCGGAAGAGCUGGCUGAGCAUUUGGUCAACUUGUUCGGCGAGAACGAUAGACUGGACAAUCUUCGUCUAGGUGCCCAGAAAGAAAGCUCUCGGCGAUGGGACGACGAAUGGAAUCCUAUUGCGGGCACCCUUAUUGGCCUGACAUAG